CAAAGAUUUUAUAGAACAAGACACACUCAAAAUAAACCGCUUUCAAGAACAUCAAAAUGGUCAGUUUGCAGCGGCAGAAAUUAUAACGAAGAAAAGAACCCGCCAAGAUCGACGAACAAGUGAAGACUCUUAAGAAAUUACUACUAUUUAUCUGAUUUGAGCCAGGGUUUAGUGUGUAGUAGCUGAUGAAAGCGAUGAAACGGGAGAGAAAUGGGGGAAUAUGGGAUUUUGAGCUUGGUAUUGCUCCGGCGAGCGGCGGUGAGGAUCUGAUUCUCGGAUUGGACGGCGGGACUACUUCGACGGUGUGUAUAUGCAUGCCUGUGUUCCCUUUCAACGACGGCAGUCUUCCGCCCGACCCUCCUCCGGUCCUAGCUCGUGCUAUCGCUGGCUGCUCCAAUCAUAACAGCGUCGGAGAAACCGCUGCAAGGGAGACGCUAGAACAUGUUAUGGCGGAGGCUCUUUCAAAGUCAGGUUCUACCAGAUCUUCAGUUCGAGCAGUUUGUUUAGCUGUAUCAGGAGUUAAUCAUCCAACAGACCAGGAAAGAAUCUUAAAUUGGCUUAGAGAGAUAUUCCCGAAUGAUGUUAGAUGUUUUGUCCACAAUGAUGCUGUAGCUGCCAUGGCUAGUGGAACAAUGGGAAAGCUUCAUGGCUGUGUAUUAAUUGCUGGAACAGGGACAAUUACUUAUGGGUAUACUGAAGAUGGAAGAGAAGCUCGAGCUGCUGGUGCGGGACCCGUAUUAGGUGAUUGGGGAAGUGGAUAUGGUAUAGCUGCAAUGGCAUUGACAUCAGUAAUAAGGGCUUAUGAUGGCCGGGGCCCACAAACAAAGCUUACAUCCAGCAUCCUGCAAGAACUCAAACUCUCUUCACCAGAUGAACUAAUUGGGUGGACGUAUGCUGACUCAUCAUGGGCCCGAAUUGCAGCUUUGGUCCCUGUUGUGGUAUCUUGUGCAGAAGGAGGUGAUGAAGUUGCAAAUGGGAUAUUACUUGAUGCAGUUCAAGAAUUGGCUGAAAGUGUCAAAGCAGUUGUUUCAAGACUCGGGUUGUGUGGUGAAGAUGGAAAGGACACGUGUCCUCUUGUGAUGGUUGGAGGUGUUCUUGAAGCCAAUAGGAAGUGGGAUAUUGGAAAAGAAGUAAUUAAUCGUGUUUCCAAGGAGUUCCCAAGGAUACAUCCAAUUAGGCCAAAGGUGGAGCCUGCGGUUGGAGCAGCUUUGCUUGCAUGGAAUUUUCUAAAGGAAGAAUCAUAGCGUUGACAAGCUAGAAAUAAAGAAAAAUAAGUUGACCAUUAUUGAUGCAAGAGUGAUUUUUUAAUUGUAUAGUAGUGAUAAAAGAACACAAGAUUUUUUUUUUCUGUAUUGAUCAAUUAUUUGUAUCAUGCUUUGAUGUUACCAGAAUAACUAGGAGCUAUGUCCCAUUUAAAUGAAGCACCACCUGUUUUUUCAUGUCA